AUGCAAGUCGCAGAAGCACCAUUUCCUACACCUGGGCCAGACGAAAUCAUCAUUAAGAACCGUGCAGUAGCAGUCAACCCUGUCGAUUGGGUUUUGCAAGAUCAGGGCACCAGUAUGGCAUUUGGUUGGAUCAAAUAUCCUUUCGUCUUUGGAUACGAUGUCGCUGGCGAGGUGGUCCAGGUUGGGAACAAGAUCGUGCGGUUUAAAGUAGGGGACCGCGUUCUAGGUCAGGCACAGAGCACGGACAAGACGAUCAACAGCGCGGCGUAUGGAGCAUUCCAGCUGUAUACCGUUCUCCUCGAAAGGAACUCAUCGCCCAUUCCGGAUACCACAUCAUUCGAGUCUGCUUCAGUGAUGCCAUUGGCCUUCACCACUGCUGCUGCAGGGUUAUUUGAGAAAGACCAGCUAGGCUUGCAAUAUCCUCAACUUGACCCGAAAUCGACCGGAAAGACUGUCCUUGUGUGGGGAGGCUCGACUAGUGUGGGCUGCAACGCUAUCCAACUCGCUGUAGCCGCUGGAUACGAAGUCGUAUCGACAUCUUCUCCAAAGAACUUUGAUCUCCUGAGAUCGCUCGGAGCGACCGAAGUUUUCGAUUAUAAUGACCCCUGUUCAGUUAAUAAAAUUGUUAAGUUCAUGGAAGGAAGAGAAUGCGCGGGGGCCCUAUCAAUCGGAGAGGAUGCAGUUUUCCGCUGCCUGGAUGCACUGAGCAGCUGCAAAAGCGGCAAACAUAUCGCGAUGGCAACAUAUCCAAUCCCGGCUCAACCGAAACGCUUAGUCGCGCUGCAGAUUGUCUGGAGCUUCGCGACUUCGAUGAUCUCUAUCGCUAUCAAAUCAAGGCUAAGGGAUAUCAAAACGAGCUUCAUAUACGGAUCAGUAGCACACAGCCCUGUUGGUGAAGCCGUAUAUGCCGACUUCCUGCCUGAAGCCCUUGCAAGGGGCAAGUUCAGACCUGCACCGGAGCCCAUGAUCGUUGGAGAAGGACUAGAAGCUAUCCAAAGAGCGUUAGAUAUACACAAGAAGGGAGUCUCGGCGAGAAAGGUCGUUGUAAGCCUGAGGUAA